AUGAUUCAGCGCAUGAGUACACUCGACGACACUCAUCUUCGGCCCUCGAAACCCCCCGAGAUCAUGUCGGAUGUCCCCGCGACUGCGACUGCUGCCGAAAAUGCCCCCCGUUCCAGAGCUGCGAGACGCAGAGGCAGGGGCGGUGGCACUCGUGCCCCCCAUCGACGUCCUCAGACCCAGGCCCACACUUCCACACAGAUUGAAGGACCAUCACCUGACGCGCAACCGAAUGGUGAAUUGACACCAGAUCUAUCCCAAGGCCCGUUCCAUCUGCCAAGAGGACCGAGGGGAGGUAGGAGAGGAGCCCGUGGUGGAAGUGCCCGUCCAGAGACGAGUCGUCAACGUCAACGUCAACCGGCAAGAGGAAGGGGAGAUGAUAAAUCAGCAUCAAACACUGGCCGACGAUUCGAGGGACGAUUGACAAAAUCUGAACAGACUUCCGGGGAUGAUGUGCCCAGUGGUGUAGACCACACAAAGGAUGCAGAGCUAAGGGCUGUUGCGCCCGAGUUCGUCCCGGGAGGACAACCGGUCGCAAAUAGGACGGACGAGUACUCUCAGUCUACUUCUGCGACUGGGAAAGGGAGAACGAAAGCGAAAGUGAAGAACCCGCAGCCUCAAGCACCAAAGGUUACUACGAAAUCGGUAGCCCCCGACAUCGCUACUCGUAUACAUGAAGACAUUGCUCAUAACCUCUACGAGUGUCCUAUUUGCACCAGUGAACUGGGCAAGAGAUCGCUUGCGUCAAGAAAUGGUCCAAGAAUGAAGGGUCGGCGGCCCAGGAUGCUGCCCGUCGACAGGAUGGCGGAGAAGCCAAUGCUCCUCGGGCCUGGCGUUGCCCUGGCUGUAACCUUGCCCAAGAAGUGUUUCCCUCGACUUACACCUGCUGGUGCGAGAAGGAGGUUGACCCGCGCCCUCUUCCCGGCCUCCCUCCACAUUCGUGCGGACAAACAUGCGCGCGGCCUCGUAAAGGCUGCCCACAUCGUUGUGAUUCGACCUGCCAUGCUGGGCCUUGCUUCCCGUGUUCUGCCAUGGGUCCGACACAGGAUUGCUUCUGCGGUAGGAAUUCGUCGACUAAGCGUUGUCAAGACACCGACUACGAGAAUGGAUGGAGUUGUGGCGAGAUCUGUGGGGAUUUGCUGCCUUGCGGUGAGCAUACUUGUCCCCGUCCAUGCCAUGAAGGGCUCUGCGGCACUUGCGAGGAGGAGGAGAUGGGAAGUCAGAAGCUUCAAGAUGGGCCCGACGGACAAGUGGAGAAAUGGACUGGAUGUUUCAGCUGUCAAGUCGAGUGCAAUCGUCCUUUUGACUGUGGUGUUCAUUUUUGCCAGAAGAGAUGCCAUCCCCAAGACGCACAUCCAGCUCACUGUCCGAGAUCGCCCGACGUAG